AUGGAGGUUCCCCCUCUGAUCCGCCGCUCUCUUUCGCCCCACCACCACCAACACCUCAUCUCAACUAUCCCGAUUUCGUCGGCUCCUUUCCUCGCUCCCGGAACACUGAUUCCUAGGAUAAGCCUAUCCCUUCGACUGCCGCUUUCGCCAAGCUCCGCUUCAUGUGCAGCUACGGCAGCCAUUUCGUCCCUCGUCCCCAUGACAAGUCCCAAAUCCACAAGCAAUACCUCUUUUAGCAGCUCCUCCUACACAGUGAUACUGGACAGUGGCGUUCACGUGUUCCAUUUCAACCAGAGCUUUAAUCUAUUUUACAUCAGCAACAAUUUUGAGUAUUAUUACAAGGUGACGCCGGGGCUAAGUUCGUACGUAGACAAUCCAAAAGAGGCGGCCGAAUUGGUGAUGCUGCUGCUGACAAAAGCGGAGAGUUUGAUUCUGGAGGAGUCUUGCUCCCUCACGCCCCUCCGCCUCGGGCUCACGUCCUUCUCUUUCUUUUGCUUCUUUCUUCAUUCCUAAGGAAAUUAAUAGCUCGGCCAAGUCAGAAGAUCAGUUCCUGGAUAUGCUUAAUAGAGAAUUUUCAGACUCUGGUUCCAUUAAUUUGUUGGUGAAUUUUGAUAGUGAGGUUGGUGCUGGCUCUUCGGAUGGGGGUUCGAAAGAUGUCAAGGCUGUGGGUUCUGGAUUUUCCUAUGCUGGAAAUGGAGGGAGAAGAGCAGGAAAAUGGUCAACUUGGUCAGACGUCUAUAUGUCACAAGUGGGCCCCACAAACCAACCACAUCAGGAAAAAAAGGGAGAGAUCACUGUUGAUUAACGGAAGGAGAAAUUUGCUGAAAAAAUGGUGCAAAGAUAGAAAUGCAGCACUCCUCGAAGGAAACUACAGAGAUAAAAAUGUUCUUUAAUCCUUAUUUUAAAUAUAUCCAGGAAGCAAGAAUCCACUUUUGGCCGGUUGGAAAUACAAAAAGGCAGAAAUAUGAUAUUCAAUUGCCAUGUUUUUCAAGCCAAGGAAGAAAGAGGAACAACACGAGUAGUCAGCUACGGAUUUGUUAGUUGGUUAGGGAAUUUUAUACUCCUAUUACUAGUAUGAAUGGGAGGAUAAAUAGAUGUAAUGAACUAAUGAUGUAAUAUGGAUUCAGAACUACUCUAAAUACAUCAAAACAUAUUUAAAUGUA